GCUGCUGGGGAGGGAAGGGGCGGUCUAAGUGCAUCAGACUGUCAGCGUCGCACUCCAGUCACUGAAACUAAUCAGAGGGACACUUUUACGCCACCCAUCAAUCGGUUUACUGACUUAAUAAAUAAUCAAUCUGUCUCCUGUAACCUUGGCGGAAGUUGUGGAAACAUAAUUGAACGGAUACUUUGAAAUAUCGCCGACAACAUGGCAGAUUUUAGUAUCGAUCAGGAAAACCUGCCUGGAGUAAAAGAGGUGUGUCGGGACUUUGCCGUAUUGGAGGAUCACUGCCUGGCCCACAACCUGCAGGAACAGGAGAUUGAGAGCCAUUUGGCGUCCAACAUAAACAGGAGCCGCCUCGUGCAACAGGACCUUCUAGUGGCCAAACGUCUGCAAGAGGAAGAAGAUCUGAGAGCUAAGGAAAAAAAGCAGCAACAGCACCAAGAAUUGGAGCAGAUUGACAGUGAGAUAGCCCAGGUGAUUCAGGAGCAGCUUGUUCGCCAGGCGGAGCAGCAGAGACAACAGGAGGAGAAGGACGCGGCGAUCGCUCGUAAGUUGCAGGAGAAGGAGGAGAAGAGACGACAGAAGCAGCUGGAGACCAAACUUGAGGAUGAAUACUACGAGGAGAAAGGAGCUCGACGAGUCCCCUCCGACUCGGACUACCCCUAUGCGGAGGACGGCUCCAAAAAGCCGUCGGACUCCAGCCGGAGGAGGUACCCUGAGUACGAUCCGCCGGAGCUGGGGAGUCCCCGGCGGCACGAAAGCCCCGGCAAGGAGCGGUACCAGGACAAACGGGGCCUCAACCCCGACUACUACGGUCCCCCGGAGGGCAGGGAGAGGCAGGGCCGAGGGGCAGCAACAGAGGAGUGGGAGGAUGAGCCGGUGGUCCGCAAGAAAGAGAAGCCCGCCCGACCUCCUGCGCCCAGCUACAACACCGAGAGGCCCGUCCGACCUCCCGCGCCCAGCUACAACACCGAGAGGCCCAUCCGACCUCCCGCGCCCAGCUACAACCCCGAGAGGCCUGUCCGACCUCCCGCGCCCAGCUACAACACCGAGAGGGACCGGGAUAAGGACAGAGACCGAGAGAGAGACGGGGAUCGGGAGCGAGAUCAAGAUAGAGAUAAGGACAGAGAAAGGAGGAGGGACCGAGAUGGAUGGAGGGAUGGAGAGCGAGACAGGCAGAGGGUCCGAAGCCGAGACCGGCUGGACACGUUGGAGUCCGACAGGGUCCGAGAUCGAGAUGCAGAGCGGGACCGACACGGACACCGAAGACGAGAUGACCAAGACUGGUCCAGGGAGCAAGACCGAGGCAGAGACGGAUACGAGACCAAAGGUGGGCGUAGAGACAAAGACCGAGAUGUGUAUGAGACCAAAGAUGGACAUCGGGAGAGAGACGGGGAUCGGGAAAGGGAGAGAGAGAAGAGGCAGCACAAUGGGCGUACGAGGAGCAGAGAGAAGGAACUGGACGAGCGCACAGGCUCCUGGUCUGGCGACGAGGAGCUAAGGAACCGCCUGCGUCUCCCCUCGGGGCCUGGGGACGUGUUUGAGGAGCCCCGCAGUCCUAGCUCCCCCCGGAGGGUGGCCCUGGCCCUGGACCUGGACAAUGAUGUCCAUAGGGGGCGCUCUCACUCUAGGGAUCUCCCCUCCCUCUCCGACUCUCCUCUGGAUAGAGGUCGUGGAGGUCGAGGGGACUUUGGCGUGGUGGAGGCGCAGCAGGGCCUGAGUCGCAUGGCUCUGAGAGAGCAGGAGCUGCGGGAGCAGGAGCUGCAGGAGCUGCGGGACAUGGAGGUGGCACGGCGGAUGCAAGAGGAGGAGCUCAAGGCCAGUCAAAUUAGCAAGCGGGCAGCCCAGGCUGCCCAAGUGGCACAGGAUGAGGAAAUUGCACGGAUGUUAAUGGAGGAGGACAAGAAGGUCUUUAAGAAAGCACGGGACCGAGAGCGAGAGAAACCGCCGAUGGACAGGAGGAAACCAGAAGGCGACUGGAGGCCAGCACAAGAGGAGGUAGUACGGCCCCGAUCACGAGAGGAGUAUGACCAGCAGAGGGCCCGCAAUCAUAAAUCGUCCAGGCCUGCUCCUCCACGCACACAAGACUAUGAGAACGUGCCAGCUGGUGGCUAUGGCUACCCAGAGCCUCACUACCCCGCACGGCCCGCCACCCGACCCGACGCUGCCUACAAAGGUUCCUACUAUAAGCAGUGACGUCGGCCCCUGCUGCGUGUGCUGAAUUCUACUUCCUUAUCCUUCCUUUUGUGAAUUUUAAUUUAUUUCAUUGUCCUGUUUGUCACUGUACCUUGGUCAGAGGUGGCUGGGUCCUGUGCUUAUUCAAAACCAUCAGAGAUUUAUUUCCCAUCAUGCCUCUCUCAGGCUGACCUACUGGACAUUGGGUAGCUUUCUGAAGCAUUGUUGAUCUUUUUUAUUCUUUUAUUUUUACCCUUUCGUUUUUAUGUUGUGGUUCAAUCAGCUCAACACCAAGAGAAGGAAAAUAUGUUGCUCCUACUACUGUCCAAUCAUGACUUUCUCUGAUCAUGGAAAUCCCUGGAGGCUGUAAUGAGAGGAACUUGUUCUUUUUUUUUUUUUGUAUGGACAUGUUGUUGUUUCAUUGUUUUGUCUGAACAUGUGACAAGGAGGACACAGGAUGCUGUUUGUAUGUGUGUGGUGAUUCUCUUGUUGUGGCCAUGUGUUUGGUGUUGGUCCAGCAGAGGCUUGAGGAUCUUCUAAAUCACGUCUUAAUCCACACUGGACAGAGCUGGAUCUUGGAUCCCCUUCCUCAAGGAUGAUUUUUUUAAGUGUUUGAAACACAACAACAACAAAUUGAGAGGACAAGAAACACACACAAAAAAAACAUUUUCAAGAGCAUUGGUCAUUCACUGUAUAAUUGAACUUGAGGAGAAUAAGUUGUGGUCAUCAGUGGACACUUUGACCUUGACUGCGCAGGUCAAGUUUGGUUAUUGUCUCUGUGUCUCUAUCAGUCUCUCUCUCUCUCUCUCUCUCUCUCUCUCUCUCUCUCUCUCUCUCUCUCUCUCUCUCUCUCUACAGGAUGCAUUGCUACUGCUGUGUUUGUUUGUGUAUGCAUGCAAGCUGAAGGUAAACUCCACAGUGUUAUAUUAUAGCUCGAGAGUUUAAGUGUGAACGUAAUAUUUGUUUGUUUGUUUUCUCCCCUCCACCCUAGAUACAUACUGUACAGCAGAAACUAAAAACUGACUUUGGUCGACCCACUCAUGUUUUUUUUUUUUUUUGUAAUUCUCCUCUUCUUUCUGAAUUCUCCUUUUAUUCCAUUUUGAGCUCUUGUUGAACAAGCAACAGCAGUUUGCAAUAUUUGCAUGGUCAGUAAACAGUGAAACAUCCAACUGUGGCUAUUUGCAAAUAGGGCAUUUGAAUUUUUAUUUGUUUUUCAGUCAUUUCAGUUUCAGUUUUUCAAUAUUGUUUAAGAACAGUGAGGAACACCACUUUCAUAUGUAAAAUACUAAGGCACUAACUAAGUUGACAAAAAAAUAAUAUCAAAAAGAAACCAUUUCAUAAGCAUUGGUAGCUAAACCAGAAAAGGGAAAACAGCCAUGACCCAUAAUACAAGGUGCAAGUGUUUGUGUUUGAAUGCAUAUACUGUGUCAAACCAUCUAUGCCUUUUGGCAUGUGUGAUGCACCACACUUGCAUAUCAUACUUGUACUGUACGUCCUUCUCAUGCUCUGGGUGCUUUCCCCCUGUACAUUGUGUUCAUUUACAUUCCAAAACCAGUGAGGCCAAAGGGAUCGUACUUCCUGUUCCGUGCAUUCCCAUGCUGCACUGCAGGGAGCGUGAACUGGGUUCCUGUGGCCAAAAUUAGCAGCUGAAUCAAAAUGCACACACACACACACGGCUCCUUUUGUUGAUGCUGCCAUGCAUGUCCUGGAAGGCAGACUGUUAUCGGAGCCUGUGUGUGUUGGCAUAUCUGUGGCCAUGGGGAACAUGGUUGCAAAUAUGCUGUUUCCACAGUUAUUUUGUGAUUUUAUUGUGGUUUCCUUCUUGGUAGAGGGUUUUGAUGACUCUUCCACUGGGUCCAUUUCUGCUGUGGCUAAACUGCAUUUGGUGCAUUUUCCCUCCAUGACUUUUAUGAGCUUUCAUUAUUAUGCUGCAUAGACAUUUCUUGCUUCUGGAAAUUAAAUUGGCUCUAUGGGGUUUGUGCCAAAUAGCUCACCUUUUCAGGGAUUUGAUUGUGGUUGCACCGCGUCAGGGGGACUGACAGUUGUCAAUCAUGUUCACUAGCUUGUUCUUUAGUACUUUUCCCCUUUUCAAUUAGGACUUUGUUCUUUGAUUUAUCUUUCGGACAUCGUGAUAUUGUUUACAAUAUUGUAUCUACAUAUAAUUCCAUGUUUUUUGUACAUGACUAAUUAAAUGGGCAUCUUAUUCCAUCACGAAGAAUUCUCUGUAGUAUAACUUCUGUCCUUUCUGUUUUAGAGAAAGAAGGACUGCAUUGAAGUGAUUGGCCCAUGCCAAAAUACAGUGCUCUGACCUGCCUCUACUGCUGAUUUUUAAUUUGUUUUCUUCUGUUAUUUGUCAGUUUAUUUUACAAUAUGUUCCAUUUUUAUGUUGAAAUACAUCUAUUAUGGGCAUUCCAAACAUGUAUUCUACGUUCCCAACACCGUAUAUAGCACUAUAGUCCGAAAAAGGGGAAAUGUUGUCCAUACUGCUGGGUCUUGAACAUCAAGCUGUAGGACUUUAUUUUACUAUCUGGUCAGUUAAACCUGAAAACUUGAGUAUAAGAUUAAAUGGAAGAGCAAUUGUAAGAUCAGAGUGGGGAAAGUUCAUCAUGUACUGUAUGAGACUGCCAUUAUCCAUUUCAGGCAGUUAAGAACAAACUCAAAUGGAUUUCACACUGCAGACUUAAGACACUCCCUGAGAGCCUUAAUGCUUUUUUUGAUGUCCAUGCGAGAGCUAUCCAUGUUUUUGUAGCAUUCCACCAGUGCCUCAUAUCACUCAAGGAAAGUGGGAGCACUGUCAGCCAUUUGGGGUCUGGUAUAUUCACAAUGGCAUGGAGCACUGUUGUCAUUCCUGAAGUGGGUGUCAUUCCUUUCCCACAAUUUGACCCUUGUAAAGCAAUUUGUUCUGUCUCAUUCUAGUUCUCCAGGAUUCCAUACCUGAUGAACCAUAGUAUUGUUAGCUUAUAAAGCUGUGGUUGAAUCCCACCCACCCAACCCAACCACGCCUUCUCCUCCCAUGAGUAACUAGACCAAGGUGUGACCGCUAGUUGUCAUGACAAUGGCCCUCUUGUACAUUGAGCUCUAAAGACUCCUUGUCAAUACAUUCCAUUCAUGCAUGGUGUGUCUUUUGAGGUUUUGUUUUAACUCUCUGAACAGGACAUCUAUACUGUAUUCAUAUGCAAUGGGGUAUUCCACACAGUCUGUUUACCCUUUGACCUGAAAGCUGAGUAUUUGGUGUGAUUGUGUAUGCUGGAAGCUAAUCUGCUGGUUAUCCAACUAUCUUUGGUAGUUACAAUUAAGAUAGUUAGCCUUAUGCUGAUGUUUUUUAAGCAAACUGUCCCAUUUAACAUAUCCAUUUACAAGAAGUUCACAACCAAUUUCCCAUUAACUUUGGGAGUUUGCUUUUGUGUAUAUGUUUGUUUCUGAUCAGCUCAUUUGGAGCUCCGUGGCAACACCACACUCUUGUGCAUGUUUUAUGCUGAGCAGCUUGAGCUUGGUGGACAUACACAUCCUCUGGGUGCUGACUUCGAUUUCAGUCAUGUCCGUACUCAGUAGGCAAGAGAAUGAGUCUCACUUCAGAUGUAGUUUAAUCACUUGAACAGUUUAAUUAACCUUCAGAGUCCUCCAGGGGUAAAUCAAGGACUUAAUCAUGUGAACCGUAAUUUUUCACUGGAAUUCAAUAAUUGAAAAUCAGCUGAGCACAAAACAAGUAGUAGUAGGUUCUUUUGAAUGGUGGCUCGAUCAACUGUUUACAGCAUACCAUCAGCAUUUACAACUAGAAGGGUCUGAGAAUGCAGACCUUUGUCAGGGCCAUACGCCAUGUCGCACAACAUUAGCAAAAGUGAAACUACAGGAGUCUUCUCAAACUUUGACCCAUUCAACACCUUUACACUUUCAUGUCAAAAUCAGGCCUGUAGCUUUUCAGUAAACCUGCACAUAGACAAACACUGGCAGAGGUAAUCAUGCAGCCUACCAUUGUUCAGGCCAUAUUGUAACAAAACCAGCAGCAGUAGUACAACAGGCUAAAUGACUUCAUUUGAAAAUGAUCAGGUUUAACUGGUUGAUGGUUGCUGUCAGUAUGGUAGUUUGAGCUACAAUCAUUGUGUCCUAAUCAGUUUAUAAGACUUUAUUGGACUGUUGGUGGCACUAAUAUUAAAUGUUGGAACAAUUGUGAAAACAUUGGGGGCAGUUUCUCUCACUCCCUAGCAUUGUUUAUCUUUACAAUGCAGGUUUACUGUCAUGAAGCACACAAACCUGCUCUUAUCCCAAGUUUGGUACACUGGGGUUACGGUAUAUCAAAAUACUUGUCUUGUGUUUCUUAUACUGUGCUGAGGUAAAUGUUAGUAUGAUUGGUGUUGGUAUCAUUCCCAUUGCAGACAACGUGAAAUUCAAGUGCAAUUUUUUAAUCCAAUACUCUUUUGUUUUGGGGAAUGAGUGGGAGAGACCAGUUCAAAUUAUUGUAGUAUACAGUACAGUUACUCUGGAACAAUCACGUGUGUUUUGCAAAUUGCAACAAUUAGUCUUUAUCAUAAGAUUCAAAUGUGAUUUCCAUAUUUAUUUUUUACAUUUGCUAGAGUGUGUAUAUACACUGUAGCAAAUUACUUGGUGAGGUUAUGAUUUCAAAAAAGAUUGUAACAAUGUUUUGGCUGCUUGGAGCAAUAAAGUCAUGCUGCUUAGCAGAGAAACAGUU